UCAUCAUCGGGCUGCGGAUUGCCUACGUGUUUUUCAUCGAAAGAAAGUAUGAUAUGAAAUUUAUAACUUUUCGUGAUCGAGUCUGGGAAUGCAGAGACAUUUUCAAAAUACCCAAUGUUUUUAAUUGUAUUUAUGAUCAUCUAAUCCAACCCGAUCAACAGCUCUUUGUGUUUAUUCAUAUUGACGAGUUUCAGCUCAUCGAUCGGUGGGAGUGUGACGCAGUUAACGAAAGGAAAAUGCCAGCAAAACAGCUAUUUAAGGAAAUGAUCAAUGGCCUUGCAUCGUUCAUGCUUGGUCCACCCUCCCGUAUUUAUGUUCAGACAUUUCUUUCUGGAACUGCACCACAAGUUGUUAUCUCUGCGAAAGAAUCAUCAAGUGUUUCAUUUGGAUUCAUCAAUUGCCCACAACUGUCAUUCAGAGCACUGCUUAAUAUUACAAAUCAUUAUGCACAAAAAUACCAUGCAGAAAAAUUCGGCUGUGGUACGUACAAAUGGAUGCUUUGUCGACCAUUUCUCCAACUUUUGGAAGAUACUGGAGGAUUGCCUCGCGCACUUCAGUACAUCUUUGAUGUGUGCUUUGAAAUCGAAGUCGAUGGAAAAAAAUUCUUCGAUGAUAUUUAUCAACAGCACUUUAAUACCAUCUUUUAUAAUGUCAAACACCAUCUCCAAGAACGCUACAACAUAUACGAAACCAUCUCCAAGAAUGAAAAACUUGCUUUAGAGCUUCUUUUUCACAGUAUUGAUGCAAUUCCUGUUCAUCGCAAGGCAUGCCUGGAUCCAAGCGAUCAAGACUGUACGAUCGAAAGCCUCGAGCGUGACGCACAUAUAAUUCUCAAUCCCUGCAAUGCCACUUCCUCUGAAUUUACCAUCAAGAUGCCUUUCUUUUUUAUCUGCUUAUACAAUGAUAAAUUAAAAAUCAUAGACUUCAAUCUUGAAGCGACACUCCGGGUGCAAAACACUAUGCAUUGGCAUGAUUGGGAACUUUUUGUGGCAUACUAUGAGGCAUUCCGCACCAACUUGCUAGUAAAACGUGGAAAGCAUACAGUACGUCUAGGGGAGUUAUAUCGUGGCGUCUAUGGGACCGAAUUGGUCAAGAAUUUUGAGGUUAGGCUAAAGAGACUUUCUGUCCGCCAAGCACAAGAGCAAUUCCCAUGUUCAAAGUUAACAGAAAAAGAUUCUUCAAAGUCCAUUCCCUGGGAAGAAGGCAAAGAUGUGAUUAUUAAUGGUGUGUCUGCUAAAUGGGGAGAUUCAUUCAGAAUUUUGGAAGCGGUUCAAGGUGAUCGUUUCUUAAGUAUUCACCAAACCAAAUAUGACUAUAACUCGGCCACAUACACUUUAAAAGAUCUUCUCAAUGAACACAUUAAGAAUUGUGAGAGUCCCACUUUUAAUACCACAAACCAGCUUUUCGAUAAACUUGUUGAUUACCGUCACAUAACGAUUGUUUUCACAACACAACCAUUUUAUGAAAUAGGUCCAUAUGACGAUUCCUUUAUUAUUUCGUGUAACAAUUUCGAACAAUACUUUGGUCCUGUGUUUUCUUCUCGUGCUACAUUUGCCUUGACAAAAAACAUCAAUCCUAACUUUUCAGAACUACAAAGGAUGGUGGAAUGUCUUCCCGGGGUUGGUGAUAUUACUGCUGAUAACAUUAUUAUAAAUCGGCCAUAUAAAAGUGAGGAUGACUUCUUUAAAACGCAUAAUCGGGCUAAACGAGGAAAAGAGAAGCAUGAGCAUGAGAAUCCCGGAAAAAAACUCAAACUUGACUUCUACCCAUUUAAUGUGUAA